AGAGCAACAACAGAGGGUUUAAUCCGUGUUUUCCUCCAGGUGCGUGUGGGGGCGGCCCCCCUCGCCACCCCCAGCCCCCGCUGCGUUCUCAAGGCAAGAUUUGAGGAGGAUUAAAAACCUAAUCCCCGGGUUGGGCCUGGCCUGAAGGAAGGCGAGAGGCCUGAAUCCUAACCCGGCCCCACACCUGGCCCCAGUGUUCCCCGAACUCCCUGCAUCCGGGAAUUAGCGGUCUGGUUUGCAGCUGGCUGCCAUCAAGACGCCCCAAGGGGGAGCUGCGAGACCCUCAAAGGAUUCUCCUCGGACUCGGGAGAGCCCACCUGGACCCCACCUCGCGCGAGCAAGGGCCCCCAAGGAGGGUCUCAGGCGACAGUCUGAGAAGAUACGACCCCUUUAAAGAGAAAAGACUGGGGGGCGCGACCCAGCGAGCACGACAGCGUCACAAACCCCACGCGUGAGCUCUGAGCUCCCAGCCGACCCCCAAGUCCCGCCCCGCGCCCCCGGGAGAGCCAGGCUUCCGGGCCCCGCCCCGCUGUGCCCCGCCCCCACGGCGCAGGCGCCGAUUGGCCAGCGCGGCUGCAGGGCGGGGCCCAUCCUUAAAGGGGCGGGAGCUAAGGGGGACCCGAGGCGGGGGCGGUGAUGCCGCGUGGCCGCGCGUGGGUUGCUUCUACAUCUCUCUAAUGCCCGCCCCUGGUCCCAAACCCAUGGAGCCCGUGCGAGACUACCCGCUGUUCGGGGGCGCCUUCUCCGCCGCUCUCCCUCCCGGGGCCCUUGACGUAAGCGACCUCCGACCGGUCCCGGACAACCAGGAAGUUUUCUGCCACCGCGUGACGGACCAGAGCCUGAUCGUGGAACUUCUGGAGCUGCAGGCCCACGUGCAGGGAGAGGAGGCUGCGCGGUACCACUUUGAGGACGUGGGCGGGGUGCAGGGGGCUAGGUCUGUGCAGGUGGACAGUGUGCAGCCCCUCCUUUUGGAGAACCUGGCUCUGAGGAGCUGCUGUCAAGAAGCCUGGGUCCUGUCUGGCAAGCAGCAGGUAGCUAAAGAAAACCACCAGGUAGCAAAGGAUGUGACAGUGCACCAGGCUUUGCUGCGGCUGCCCCAGUACCAGACUGAUCUCCUGCUCACCUUCAAUGAUCCCCCCCCUGACCAUAGGUUAUCUCUUGGUCCUGAAAAUCUGUCACUUCCGCCCUGGAGCCUGGGUGACUUCGAACAGCUGGUGACCGGUCUGACCCUUCACGACCCCAACAUCUUUGGUCCCCAGUAAAGAUGCUGAAACACUGCGUGAAGUUGCUCUAGUACACGGGGACCUCAUUCUUCAAGGGAAGCAAGGGGUUGGACACAUACCCCUAAUUCCUUCCCUGUGCAUAAACAUGAGACACCUGUCUGCAGAAAUAAACUGGCUUUAUAAUCAAGAUAA